UUCUGCCUCGCUCCUCCUGACUUCCUGCAAGACCCAGCCUCUCACAAGUUUUCUGAGGUGUGAAAAUGGCAGACAUUGACAACAAAGAACAAGCUGAACUUGACCAACAAGAUAUGGAAGAUGUUGAAGAAGUAGAUGAUGAAGAAACUGGAGAAGAUGCUAACAGCAAAGCAUGUCAGCUGACUGAACAAAUGAUGCAGAAUUCUCAGAUUCUUGCAGCUCUGCAAGAAAGACUUGAUAGCUUGAUUGGAACACCUACAGGAUAUAUAGAAAGCUUGCCUAAAGUAGUUAAGAGACGUGUAAAUGAGCUCAAGAAUCUCCAAGUUAAGUGUGCACAGAUAGAAGCAAAGUUCUAUGAAGAAGUUCAUUAACUGGAAAUAAAAUA